AUGCUUUCAAAGCCCGGGGGUGUCCCGCAUAUACUGCCCACCCAAUUCACCAAGCACCAGACAAGCGCAUCCAACUUCUCGCAAUUCAAGCAUGAGAAGAACAAGAAAGUGAGCAGAUUGCGAGGCUUGCGAGCCGAGAGAUAUGCGCUGUCUGGGCGCUUUGUGUCUGUGGACUAUGAGGGCGAGACACCCACUACGCCGCCGCCCCGAG